UUUCUGUAUAUAUACACACAAACAUUUAGAUUGAAAAGCAUCACAAGUCCUUACACUCUCAAGCAUCAAGAUCUCCUUUCUUUUGAAAGUCCUUAUUGAUCAUUCUUUAGUUCAUACAUACAAAAAUAUGGGUUUCCGUCUGCCUGCUAUUCUUCGUGCCAAGCAAAUUCUUCAGAGGUCUCCUUCUGCAAACCAAACACAUGCUGCAUCAGUAGCCAGCGAUGUGCCAAAGGGCUACCUUGCAGUCUAUGUUGGAGAAAAACAAAGGAAGCGAUUUGUGAUUCCUAUAUCAUACUUGAGCAAAGCUUCAUUUCAAGACUUAUUAAUCCAAGCUGAAGAAGAAUUUGGAUAUGACCAUCCAAUGGGUGGUCUUACAAUUCCCUGCAGUGAAAACAUCUUCGUUGAUGUCAUUUCUUCCUUAAAUUGUUCAUGAGAUUGAACACUGAACACAAUUUUGUAAAGAAUUAGAGUUACAAGUACAAUGUACACAAAAGCAUAAGCAUUAAGCACUUAUACUUUUAUUUCUUUAA